AUGGCAUCAAUUCUUCUCGCUUUAGGUCGGGACGUUGGCCCACUAUGCCUUCUCGUCCUGACGGCGAUCGUCUGGAAGAAGAGCUUUUACAUGCGUGGCUUGACCUAUCGAGCAUCUGUAGUACCAGCAGGCCGAGAGAAGAUGAUGAAGUCGAUCUUUUACCUUGGCUUGCUUGGAAGCGUUGACGCCGCUUUAAGGCGGAUUGGUCAACUAUUCCUUGUUUUUCCUAAGACCGAGCGCUCAGCGUUCUUGCUGCGCCUGCUCUGUCUUCAUGUGCCCUGGGCCAUUUGGGCCCUCCGCGGCCCUCUGAGUGAGCGUGGUUCCACCCGCGAUGAUCGCGGCUGGUCGGACACCGUAACACGCUCGCGCUUCUGGCGCAUCAUCUCCGCUGCUUUCGGCCACGCCCAGAUCGUCCUCUCCGAGGAGUGGAGGCAGCUCAGCCCCAGCGAGAUCCGGCACUGGAUGGACAGACAUUAUGUGAUCGGGAUGCAUCCUCAUGGUCUGCUGCCCGUCGGUGCCAUCCUGGCCGGGUUAACCUGGGCGGGGGGCGGCCUUCGUGGCCGCACAGCUUCCGGAGUGGAGUUGCCCGAGCCGGAGAACGGAGGUGAACUUCUGCAUCAGCGCUGGUUCAGGCAAAUGAAGCUUCGUGCGGCCGUUGCGUCGGGAGCCUGUGGCCUGUUCCCUGGAUUCUACGAGAUGUUCACCACGCUGGGUGCCUUUGAAUGCACCAAGCCCUUCAUCUGCGACCGGCUGCGGGCUGGCCGCGACGUCGCGAUCUUCGUGGGCGGAGCGCAGGAGAGUGCCUAUGCGACUCCAGGGCGCUACGUGUGUUACGUCAAGUGCCAUAAAGGAUUUGUGCGACUUGCCCUCGAGGAGCGGAGGGACAUCCUUCCAAUGUGGACUUUCGGCGAUGAGUCCAUCAUUCCUCAGAUCAGGAACCCGCCUGCUUGGCUCACGCAGCUGCAGCACUUGUUCAAGAGCAUCACCGGGCUCUUAGUGCCUCCCGGGUUCGCUGGGAUUCCGCAACUGCCACCGCUGACCAUGGUGACAGGAGUUCCGAUCUCGUUGGAGGAUUUAUGGGCGAAAGAGGUUGGUGGCGAGGUUUCUGACGAAGCCGUGGAGGAGGGCCAUCGUCGGUACCUGGAGGCGCAGCGCAAGUUGUUUGACAGCAACAAGGCGCUGGUGCGAGGCGGCCACGAAAAGGGAGUCAUCGAGUUUAUUUGA